AUGAAAUUGGUGAUCCCUGAGAUUUCUUGGCACAAUCGUGACCCAGUGCUUAGCGUUCAUUUUCAACCAGUCGCCGACGACGGAUUCUAUCGACUGGCUACUGGUGGAUCGGAUUCUCAUGUUUUUAUAUGGCGAAUCAAAGUGGAUGGUUCGAAUGUGACCGUUGAAUUUGCAGCCGAUCUGACCAAGCAUCAAAAAGCAGUGAAUACUGUACGUUUUUCACCCGAUGGACAAUGGUUAGCCACUGGCGAUGAUGAGUCUGUUAUCGUCUUGUGGAAAUUCAAACCGGAAAAUGGUCCUGAUCAUCGACCCGAUCUGUUGGAAGACGAUGAAUCAAAAAAUCUUGAAAAGUGGGCUUGUCAUAGUGUAUUGAGAGGCCAUCUAGAAGACGUUUACGAUUUAUCUUGGUCUCCAGAUUCUAAAAGACUUAUAUCUGGUGGCGUUGAUAAUAAAGCAAUUAUUUGGGAUGUUGAGAAUGGACGCUAUAAAGCAAUACUUGAUGAUCAUAAAGGUUUUGUACAAGGAGUUGCUUGGGAUCCCUUGAAUGUGUAUGCUGCUACACUAAGUAGUGACAGAACUCUAAGAGUGUUUAAUACAAAAAAUUGUAAAUUAUUCAAUAAAUGUGAUAAAUGUGUUCCUUUGGGGAAAAAAGGCGAUGGCGAAGAAAUAAAAAUUAGACUAUUCCAUGAUGAUACACUGAAAUCUUUUUUUCGACGCAUUUCAUUUUCUCCUGAUGGUCAAAUUCUAGUAACUUCAUCCGGUAUUAUGGAGACAAUUGAUGAGGAGAACAAAAAUAAAAGCACCACUAACGUCAGCUAUGUAUUUGCCAGAAAAUCCUUUACUAAGCCUGUGCUAUAUGUACCAUCUCUUGACCAAUAUUCAGUUGCUGUUCAGUUUUCCCCAGUAUUAUAUGAACUUAAAGAAGAGACAAAAUCAAUAUUUGAUUUACCAUACCGAAUGAUAUAUGCCAUAGCAACAAAUUCAAGUAUUUUAUUGAUGGAUACCCAACACGCAGCUCCGUUUGCUUACAUUGGGGAUAUACAUUAUACUCGUUUGACAGACCUAUCAUGGUCUUCUGAUGGACAGUUACUUAUAGUGUCUUCAUCAGAUGGAUUUUGUUCAAUAAUAAGCUUUACAAAAGACGAAUUGGGUGUAAUGUACAAGGACAACACUAAAGUCCAGCCAAUGGAAAUAGUCGAGUCGGUCGUCCAAGAAGAUAGUGAAGAUAGAGAACUUCCGAUUAUAAUUGCUCCAUUGCAAAUAGAACAUAAAGAAGAAGAAGAAGAAAAACAAAUUGUUGAUUGUUCUGAAGCUCCCACAAAGAAAAGAGUGCAAUUGGUCACACUUUCUAGUCCUAAAAACAAUAAAUAUUUAAACAAGUAA